CGGAUAGGCUCUGUCACUGCUGAUACGCGCGAUCAGGAAGGGUGAGAGAUAGAGGGAGAGCGAGAGAAAGAGGGGCAGUGUGAGUGGUGAUGGCCAUGAGAGUUGCUUCUUCCGGUGGCAGAUUAGGAUUCCGGCCGAUGAUGGAGAGGGCAGCGAGAGGCGGGCGUUACUUCAGCGAGAUGAAGGGCAAAGUCCUCAGCGACGAAGAACGGGCGGCUGAGAACGUUUAUAUUCAGAAAAUGGAGAGGGAGAGGAUGGAGAAGCUGAAGCAGAAGGCUGAGAAAGAGAAGCACUCGGAGCAGGAGAAGAAGCCUGCUGAAGAAGGUCACAAAGGCUAAUUUGUCCGAUGAAGGCAAUGCUCUGGGCAGGAGUUUGAUCUUCCUAUAAGCUCUAUGAAUGAUUUUGUACAUGAUCUUUCUAGUGUUUUAUGAAUAAACUGUACAUGAUGUACGCAGUGUUGGUUGGCUUCUUUUGCCAUAUCCAACACUGUUGACUUGUAGCACUCAAUUUUAAGUUUGUUUUCUCUGAAUUGUGGGUUAAAAUCCCUUUUCCAUGGAUACUUCUUCAUUUGAUAAAAACGGACAUCAGGGGCUUUACCAGCAGGUAGUUCCUUUUGUGGA